CUUUUAGCAUACUAUAUAAUGUCCCCAAUGUUCUCCUUCAUCUUCCAACCACAACCUCAAACAAGUUUCCAAAUUCCAAUCUAAACCUAUUCCUUGCCAAACUUGCACCACUCUAAUUCGUAUUCGUUUCGUGUUCGUAUUCACAGUCAUGCAAGCAAGUGAGAUCACAGACUUCCACUACUUGGCUCCUGCAAUCCAAAAUCUUAACACAGCACAUUUAACCAUGAAUCUAGGCAAUUCACCAAACAUCCCAUUCGAUGUUAACGCGCUUGCGAACCCAUUUUACCAGCUUCAUAUGAAUCCACUAGUUCAAGAUAUAAGCCUACCAUCGAUAUACUCAACUUCUGAUGAAGCAGAUGAGCAGCAACAAAGUCUCAUCAACGAGAGAAAGCGGAGGAGGAUGAUAUCUAACAGAGAGUCAGCGCGCAGAUCGCGUAUGCGCAAGCAGAAACAUCUGGACGAGCUUUGGUCACAGGUUGUUUGGCUGCGCCAUGAAAACCAACAACUUAUCGAGAAAAUGAACAAGUUCACCGAGACACAUGAACAGGUGGUGCAAGAGAAUACUCGACUUAAGGGAGAAGUUUCAGGACUGCGCGAAAUGGUCACUGAUAUGCAGCUUAACGGAAACUACCCCGCGAUAAGUGAUCUGGAUGAUAUUAACUGUAACGAUGCUUACUUCAAGACCGAAUCUUCGAACCAGUCGGGCUCAAGCUCCUCGGACUUUAUUUAAACCAGACCUGUGGCCGUAAAUGUCUUCUUAUUUAUUUUUAUUUUUAUAAUAUAAGUCGACUACUGCGUUUUAUGUAGACAGUAAGACAUCAGAGAGGAUGUAGUUAUAUAGCAUCAUUAUUAUGAUAUAAUUGUAAGGAGUAGCUUAUGUAAUAAAGAAAUUUGACCUGUUGUUGUAGCAGA